UUUGUGAGAAAACUGAGAUCGGGUUCCUUUUCUUGACUGAACUUGGCAAGACGCUUCUGUUGCUCGAUUUUGGAGAUUUGUGGAGUUGAUUCUGUGUGCAAGGAUAAGACGAAAUCAGGGUUCACUUCUGUAUCUUGUUGUGCAUGCUAUGUGCAAGUCGUUCCUCUGCCGAGUUUGAGCAAGAUGUGUCUGCUUGGUUGUAGGUUGUUGGAUAUCUGGGAUUUGGUUUUGGAUCUCCAUAAAUUGGUGUGAGAUCCCUGUGGGAGGAAAUUCUGGUGGUGAAGAUGCCUCCUUCUCCAGUGUUGAGGUUCUCUCCAGCAAGGGAUAACAGAGCAGAGAAUCACAAGAGGGCCCAAAGUCUCGAGAGCGGAUUACUUCUCAAGGAAAAAGAUGACGAUCUUGCUCUGUUCAAUGACAUGCAGAACAGGGAAAGGGACAAUUUCUUGCUUCAAUCGGCUGACGAUUUUGAUGAGACUCUUUCAACAAAAUUGAGAUACUUCUCGGACUUCAAGCUUGGCAUCUCAAUUCCAGUUCGAGGAGAUAGUAGUGAUCUGCUUAAAGCAGACGGCGACAAAAAUGACUAUGAUUGGCUAUUGACUCCUCCAGACACCCCACUCUUCCCUUCCUUGGAUGAUGAUACUCCACCAGUUAAUCUUGUACAUAGGGGCAGACCCCGAAGCCAACCCAUUUCCAUCUCAAGAUCAGCCAAGGCGGAGAAGAGCUAUGCAACCAGUAGAAGCAGUGCAAGUCCGCAUCGAUUAAGUCCAUCCCCUCGGUCCGGUGCUAGUACGUUUCAGAACAGUAGAAGCAGUGCAAGUCCGCGUCGACUAAGCCCAUCCCCUCGAUCUGGUAAUAGUACAUUUCAAUCGAGAGGGAGGCCAUCAUCUUCUGCACCUCAUUCUAGUCCAACCCCUGUUUUACGAUCGACUACACCGUCACGAAGGCCAUCUACUCCCCCAAACAAACCCUCAUCACCUGCUCCGAGGUCUUCUACCCCCACGCUCCGGAGGAUGAGCUCAGGGUCAAGUGGCCAUCCAUCGUCAUCUGGAAGAAGGGGGACUUCCCCAGCAAAGCCAACUCGUGGGAGUUCUGCUUCACCAAAGCUACAAGCAUGGCAGUCGACCUUGCCAGGUUUCUCUUCAGAUCCUCCUCCAAAUCUUCGGACUUCCCUACCUGAUCGUCCGGCGUCACAUACAAGGGGCUUGUCGCCAGCAUCCAGGAAUGGGAGGGAUUCAUCUUCCAAAUUUGGAAGGCAAUCAAUGUCACCAACUGCUUCUCGAAGUGCUAGCUCGUCACAUAGCCAUGAUCGUGACCACUUUAGCUCGCAUAGUAAGGGCUCCGUAGCAUCAUCUGGUGAUGAUGAUAUGGAGUCUAUGCAGUCUGGAGCUGUAGGAAUACCAGAGAGCCCAGUUGCAAGGAGAAAUGGAGCAUUUCCAAAUAGUAAAGCUAUGGCAUUUUCCAAAAAGCCAUCCAGAACUCUGUCCUCAACUUCUGCUCCAAAAAGAUCAUUUGAUUCUGCUCUUCGACAAAUGGAUCAUCGCAAAACUCCUCAGAAUAUGUUCAGGCCACUCUUGUCUAGUGUCCCAACUACUGCUUUCUAUGUUGGGAAAGUUAAUAGCGGAAAUCGACCGAUGGUCUCUAGGAACUCCUCAAUCACAACUAGUAGUAAUGCAAGCUCGGAGCUAGGUGUCAGUGUUGCACCUGAUACUGAGGGUAGUGACCAUGACCAGGAUGAUCUUGCUAGUGAAUGGAGAAAGGCACCAUAUCCCAGUGCUCAAGAGGAAGUAUUUAUCUUUGAUAGGGUGGAUGAAGUAAAUGAAGAUGCUGGGUAUGAUAUCUGUGAUGGAAAACCCAGCAAUGGGCAUGGAAGCACUACAACUGAAGUUGAGCCAGGGGAAUCUGAGAAGCUAAACAGUAGACCCGUUUCAAUAUCCAUUGCUGGAACUGCCUCUCAAUCAUCACAUGUUGCAGCUAGCACUUCAGAUGUAAUUGGUUGUUAUGAAAUCAUGGCAUCUUGUUCUAAAUGUGGCCGCAACUUCUGUAUUGUUGAGGGCAAUGUUGAUAUUUGCGAAGACUGUGCUAAGAAAGGUGAUCAGUCGAUGGCAGAGACUCCAGAAACCAAUAUAUUUGCGUCUCAGAGCAACACAAUUCACUCUGAGAUGGCUUCGGAAGUGAACAAAUCUUGUCGUGAACUGACACCUGGGAUGGUUGUACCUGAUUUGCCAGAAAAGACUAGCAAUCCGCAUGUGCUUGGCCAACAAGAAAGGAAUGAUGAGCAGGGCCAUGGUUGCUUACCAGACAGUUGUCCUGUACAGUUGAUAAUGGAGGGAGGGGAAGAGCAUCUUGUGUACCGGCAAUCCGUGGGCCAUCAAGCAGUCUGUUCUGGCCAACAUGACAGUAACAAUAAAGAUCUGCAAUCUAAACAAUUUCAUGCCCAUCCAAGCUUAAAGGUUGAUGGUUCAGAAGGAGCAGGCAUUUCUGUACUUCUGAAACGAUCAAGUAGUUGGAAAUGGCCUGUUGUUCAAGGACGGACUUUUUCUGCUAUAAAUAUACAUUGUGAUGAUCCCUCUUAUGCAAGAGACAGCAUGAGUCCUAUGAAAAGUAUUAGUGUGCAGGGAAGUGCUUCAGCUUCUUCAUCUGUUGAUUUGGGGUCAUCUAGACAAAUAGAGGCCCGUGUUCAACGUCAGUUGAGCAGCAAGAAAGCCGACAUGGAAAAUUUCAGAGACGAUUCAACUGUAAAGCCUCUUAGCACCAGGUCAUCAUUCUCUGGAAUUUCAAGUAAUGCACACGAAACCUUGGUUCAGGCAGCGAGCACAAGUGAAGAAAAAUUGGCUGACUCUCUUAAAGAUGUGGAAUUUGAGGCUUUAGAAGGAAAGCCAUUGGUAAAUGUAGAACAAGGUAGAGCUUUUGAAAAUCCAGAGGCUGUUGAUAAACUUACCUCCUUUACCAACAGAACUAUUCUCGAGGAAGAUAAAGUCAACCGCACUGAUAGUUGCCAAUUCAUGGACACGUCUGCCUCAGAAUUGUCAAACCAUGCAAAUAACAUCCAGUUAGAGGAUACUUCAUCAGCUGAGCUUCUGAAUGAUGAAGAUUGUGUUUCAUCUGGGAAUGCUCAAGGCCUCUUAAAAAACGCACAGGUCAUUGCAAAUAUGGAAGUACCACAUACGACCGCAGAGUCCUCUGCCAUUGAGGAAGGAUCCAUACUGCACGGUAAUGGAAUUGAUGUAUCUGAUGUUCCGGUGUACGGCUCAUCAUUGAUAUUGGGAGAAUUGGAAGAUGACCAUGACAGUUCUUCAGUUUCACAAACUGAGUGUGCAUCCUCCCCAAAUUCAAAGAGCAUUGUGGAAGCAUUCCAGGAAUCUAUGGUUUCCACAGCAAUGGAAAGAAACUCCUCUGGUCAUGCCCGUGGUAUCAAUGGAGAAUCGACAAUAACAGUAGAGGGCCCAAGAGGACAGAGGUCAAGAAGCUUCACACUGGAAGAAGCAACUGAUACCAUACUGUUCUGCAGUUCCAUCAUUCACGAUUUGGCUUACGAAGCUGCAGCCAUUGCGAUGGAAAAGGAUUCAGCUCCCCUUGAGGGUUCUCGGCCGACAGUUACUAUCUUGGGUAAAUCCGAUUCUAACAGAAAAGAGCCCCGUGGCAAGACUUCUAGUAAGCGGACACCAAAACCUCAUAAGGCAAGGCAGAGGCGGUUGGACACAACAGACGUGAAGGCCCCAUCAACCGAGGAGAGCAAUGUGAAAGCCCAAGAGCCAUUGGCCCAUGAUUCAAUGGUUCCGAACAAGGUUGACAGUACGAAACCACCAAAGCUGGAAUCCAAGUGCAAUUGCACAGUCAUGUGAGUGUCUCUAUCUAUCCGGAGCAUGAUCCGGAGGCAAUUACAUAAUUUUUGUAGUGGAACUGCUCUCCUCUCCUCUAUUUGAGGGCAAGGAGGGUUUGUACUUUUAGAGUUUUUCUUUCUUUUUCUUUUUCUUUUCCUUUUCUUUCUUUUUUUUUUCUUUUUUUCUUUUUUGUUUUUAAUGUUUGCCGGGGCGGCACAUAUAUGCCCCACCAGUUUCCUCUCCUUCCGAUUUAUUUGUAAGAAACACCACAUUGCGUUGGUGACAUAAUCUUGUAAAAAUUAUUGUCUACAGGUAAUUUCCACGAUGAAUCAGAGCUUUGUGGCUGCUCUUUGCUGCCUUCUUUUUC